AUGGAGUGGGGUGGCCGAGAUGCAGCUGGGGCAGGGGAUGGAAGAAGAGCAGGAGAUGGAUGCAAGGGAGACGGAGCAGGAGAAGGUGGAGACGGAGCCUGGUGGAGACUGAGACGGUGGCACGUGAUGCAUGGCCAUCCGCAGAGGCGCGGCGUUGGCUGUUAUCGCGAGUACUUCGAUUGUUGGUGUCUUGGUUGCGCCGAGAUUGAUCGGUUGUUGAUAUGCGGGCCGGCUGACUGCGGUCUCGCGGAGGAUAACGAGUGCGUUUGGGUGAGCGGCCACGACCGCGGUCGUUGUUAUCGUCGUCGUCACGACGACGGGAAGCUCCGUGAUGUUGAGCAUGGUCGUCUUGAAUGGCACGUGAAGAAGUCGACUUGUGGCCACCAUAUUUUUUGA